AUGGAACUCGCAGCAUGCCAAAGCUGCUUAACGGACAGCUUGGACACAGGGUCCCCGACCUAUGACCCCGAGCCACCUGAAUUAUCUUGCCACCAGUACUUUGACGACACUGUUAUCCGUGCAGGCGUGGGUGUCGUCUGGGUCGACAACAAACCGUGUGAACCACUCAGCUUUAACCUAGGGGCCCAAACGUCCCAGUAUGCUGAAGUGGCAGGCAUUCUGAUUGUUUUGCAACUUGCUGUGGAAAACAAAAUCCACGCCUUGACGAUCUGUACAGACUCCAGCUAUGCGCAACUCAGCUUCUCAUGCCAUCUGCCUUUGUGGAAACGCAACGGUUUCUUGACCUCGAACAGAAAGCUGGUCAAACACAAAUAACUGUUCCUGGCGUGCGACUUCUUGACCACUAAACAUGAUCUCCAGGUCUACUGGAAGAAAGUCAGGGGGCAGUCUCGUAUUCCUGGUCCAGACAAGAUGUUUAAUGACCAGGCUGACUGCUUAGCCAAGCAGGGAGCCUUAACUGGCUCAAACUGGCACUUUGAGCCCUCUGUUUUUCCCCUCCCACCCGUGCCCCUGGUUUGUGCUGUCACCAGAGCCCAGUCUCAAGCUCCGCCUCGCCCGGCUCCCUCGGGCCCGGUCUCCGCCACUGUGGCUCCAGCUUUUUCUGACUCUGACUUGCUGGCGCUCCAGGCUUCGGACCCAGCCAUUGCUGCCAUGAUGCCAAUUCCUUUCAGGGCCUCCUGA